CUUCGAGAGAGAGUUCUCUCCCUGUUCUCCUGUCGCACCGACGACGACGAAGACGAGGCACCACCUCGUGCUCUUGUGAUUGGAGGUCCCGCGGACUUCCAUCAGAAAGAGACGAGUGAUGGGGGCCCUCUUCGCGCGCCCAUUGUUGGUGCCCCUGCACCCUAUGUGCGUGAGCGC